CACAUGCACGAGGCUCUACAAAACUUCAAAAGGGAACUCCAGCUCUCUUUCUCUCUGGGUCUCUCACUCAGUCUCUGUUGCUAUCUUUGACUGUCUCUUUCUUGUCCUUGUGUUGUCUGUAGUGUAGUGUAGUGAGCGUUGACGUGGCUAUGGUGGUUUAGUGCUAUGAACGAACCGUUGGCGUUGUGUUGGUCGUAAUAGGCCCUGGUCGGUAAUUAUUUGGCUCCGUCAAUCUCUUUCAUACGACCCACCGUCACUUUCGGAUAGAAAAUGGCAUCAGGUCCGUCCUUUCAGGACACGUAUGACAUCCACGAAGAAAUCGGUCGUGGCGCGUUCAGUGUGGUACGACGUUGUACGCGUAAAUCCGACAGCAAGGACUUCGCCGCCAAAGUGGUGGACACGAGAAAAGUUUCCGCUCGCGACCUGCAGAAGCUGGAAAGGGAAGUGAGAAUAUGCCGCAAGCUGGAGCACGAGUUCAUCGUGCGUAUGCACAACGCGUGUCGCGCCCAGAGCCACCACAUGGUGUUCGACUUGGUCACAGGCGGCGAGCUGUUCGAGGAUAUCGUAGCCAGAGAGUUUUACUCAGAGAGAGACGCCAGCAACUGCAUUCAGCAGAUCCUGGAGAGUGUUCGCUAUUGCCAUAACAGAUCCGUGGUGCACCGCGACUUAAAGCCAGAAAAUCUAUUGCUUUCCAGUCGCAGCAAGAGUGCCGUGGUGAAGCUGGCCGAUUUCGGCCUAGCGAUUGAGUUGGAGGAUGGCUCGAACGACUAUCGCUGGCACGGCUUUGCUGGCACGCCGGGAUACCUGUCCCCGGAGCUUCUCUUCCACUAUCCGUACGGCAAGCCCAUCGACCUGUGGGCGUGCGGAGUGAUCCUGUACAUUCUGCUGGUUGGCUAUCCGCCGUUCUGGGACGAGGAUCAGAACAAGCUCUAUGCGCAGAUCAAGAGUGGACAGUACGAUUACCCAUCGCCAGAAUGGGAUACGGUCACACAGAGUGCCAAGUCGUUAAUUGACAGCCUGCUGGUGCUGGACCCGAACAAACGCUUCACCGCCGAACAAGCGCUCAACCACCCAUGGAUCCAGAAUCGCGAGAGAGUUGCCGCCAAGAUCCAUCGGCAGACGACGAUCGAGGGACUGAAGCGACUCAACGCCAGAAGAAAGCUCAAGGGGGCUAUUCUGAGUACUAUUGUUGCACGGCGUUUGUCGGUGCCUCUUCUCGGUCUCAAGAAGAAGACGUCUGAGACCGGCGAGUCACCGCUGCUGAUGUCCCCGCAGCCCGAGGAGGAAGAGGACAAAGUGCCACCCGGCGGUGAGGAGAUCAUCCAGCGGACUGAGAGCAUCGUGACCGCAUGGUGGACUGGUGACUGGAAUGCGUUUGUAGCGCUGUCGACAAGGGACUGCUCCUCGUUCUUGCCCGGACAGAAUGCACGUGCCAUCAAGGGAUUGGAUCAUCACAAGUUCCACUUUGACAACUUCAAGCCCUCCAACAUUUCCACCAACAUAGUACAGCCGGUGGUUCAUAUGUACGCCGAUGACUUUGCCUCCGUCCUCUACUGCCUAGUGGUGCAGCAGGCACCAGAGGGCGGUGGGAAUGUCACCUCAACACAGUAUGCUGUGACGCGCAACUGGCAGCGGGCACCUGACGGCAGCUGGAAGUGCAUCCACGUCCACCGAUCUACCAUCUGAAAACCGAAGCAUGCACCGUGCAUGGCCAUUUUUAAAAUAACUGGCUCUCUGGGUCUGAGUACAACCCAGCGGCAACUGGUAACGGUAUUGUCUAUAGCAUGAAUGUGCUGUUGGCCCGGUGCGCCGCGGCUAACUCCAUUCCCCCAGCUAGUUCCAGCAGCUACCAUCGACAACCGACAACCGCAGCAGAAUAGUGUGUGAGAUGGCUGCUCUCCCUGCUUACGCCCUAUCCCCACAUGGCUGUGGCUACGUCCCAGGGCCAAUUCAUUGCCAUCAAAGUGUCUUCGACUUAUCAACCUACCUUUUCUAGCUGCUCCCAUUUUCCGAUCUACCUAGUGACUCUCAGUGUUUCUCGUUUAUACUACUUUUUCCUCGGUGAAAGCAUAGGGGGGGGGGGGGAGAUGUCCAGACUUAGGCAAAUGCGUAGUGUUGUUUCAUAACUUUAUUCUUACGAUGGCCGGUGGUGUUGUUGUAGUCGUUGUUGUUGUUGUUGUUGUUUCGGCCCGCCUGCAUGCCACACUUAACCCUAAAAUCUUGUUGUAUCCAUGACACCCAUUGAUUUAGGGUUCAUGGACAGUUCAAUGUGUGGAGGUAGUCAGCAUAUUUGCUCGCUUCCGUUUCGGGACUGAA